AUGGUUUGCGCAGACAUCAUCAAAAUCAUUUUCGCCAUUAUUCUUCCUCCGUUGGGUGUUUUCCUUGAGGUUGGAUGCAGUGGUGCCUUUUUCCUUAAUAUCAUUUUGACCAUUUUGGGUUACAUUCCAGGUAUCAUUCAUGCGGUCUACAUCAUUGCCACUCGAUAA